AUGCGAGCUCUGGUUCAGCCAUUUCUAGUGACAUUUCCUCUAUACGAGCCAGCCAGUGCUAUUGCUUCUCCUUAUGAGCCAAGAGGGUUAGUGAGGGCUUUAGAUAUUUCCAUGGUAGGUCUAAGGGCUAAGGUGACAGGAAAGGGCGAUCGCGGGCGUUUGAACCCCAGUUUCAGUGUUGGUUCUUUGGCUAAUUUGACUUUCUUAGAGUCUUUUAAUGCUUCAGGGUUUUCACUUCCUGGCUCAAUACUGGAUUGGUUUGGUUACCGGCUUGGUUCUUCGAAGGUUUUGGAUCUCCGGUCUAGUUCAGUUACCGGGCCGAUUCCUGCUUCGCUUGCUAAUAAUGAUCUUGCUGGUAGUAUGCCUGCUGCAUUGGGGCAGUUAAUGCAGUUAUUAGUUCUUGAUCUUUCAAGGAAUUCACUUACUGGGCUAAUUCCAAAUGAUUUUGGAUUGCUUAGAAAUCUAUCAUGCCUAGACCUUUCUUCGAAUCACUUUUCUGGAUCCAUACCAUCUACUUUUGGUGGUAUUUCUGGGCUGCAAUUCUUGAAUGUAUCUGAUAAUAGUCUUGUGGGUUCGGUGCCUGUUGAAUUGGGCAAUCUUUCUCACUUGGUUAAGCUUAAUCUUGGUAUGAAUGUGUUAUCCAGGUCGUUACCUGUAGAGUUUAUGCGGUUGAGGAAUUUGGAAAUGUUGGUGUUGAGGCAUAAUAGAUUGGAGGGUAGAUUGCCUGAUGGUUUGUUUUCGAGUCUUGGUAAAUUGAGAGUUUUGGAGUUGAGAGAGAAUAAAUUUGAUGGUGCUCUUCCUGGUGCGUCGUGGUCGUUGCGGAAUUUGCAGGUUCUUGAUGUUUCUGCUAAUAAUUUUACAGGUGAUUUGUCAAACUUUAGUUUCAAGGAUGAUCUUAAGAUUCCACCGUUUCAUGAAUAUUCUGAAGAAAGGAAGUGCAAGGUGGCAGCACUUGAGUUUACAGAUUAUGCUCUUUUAUGGUGGGAAAACUUAAAGAUUCAGAGGAGAAGGGAUGGAGAAGAGGAGAUUAGAACGUGGGCAACUAUGAAAAGAGUGAUGAAGAAGAGAUUUGUUCCUGAUUACUAUAAACAAGAGCUAUACAUCAGACUUCAGACUUUGCGACAAGGAUCUUUAAGCGUGGAAGAGUAUGUGAAAGAGUUUGAGUUGCUACAGAUUCGAUGUGAAUUGAUGGAACCCCAAGAACAAACAAUAGCUAGAUUUCUUGGAGGGUUGAGGAAGGAUAUAGCUAAUGUGGUUGAAUUGCAACCGUACAUCUUCCUUGAGGAUGUUAUAAAGCUUGCAAGUCGUGUAGAGAGGCAGCAGAAACGAGGAGGUGUCCGAACAAGUGUAACUACGUCAAGUACGACAAGGGACAGAUCUACGCCUACUCGAACAUGGAGCACACCUAAACGAGAUGAGAAGGUGGAGGUCAGCAAGGGGAAUACCAGUUCUGAUUCUUUAAAGGGAAAGGAGAAGGUGACAGAACCUCCACAUCCAAGGAGGUCACGAGACAUCAAGUGCUUCAAGUGCUUAGGACAUGGGCACAUUGCUUCAGAAUGUCCAAAUAAAAGGGUAAUGAUAUUGCAUGGGGAUCAUGGAGAGCUGAUCAGUGGAGAUGAGGCUGAAACUGAAGAUGAAGAUGAGGCACAAAUGGAACAGGAAGAGGAUUUCGAACCAGUGAAGGGAGAUUUGUUGGUUGUGCAACGGGUUCUAAAUGCACAAGUUGAUGUUAGUGCUGAGCAACGUGAGAACAUCUUUCAUACUCGAUGUCAGAUUCGAGAUAAGGUGUGUGGGAUGAUCAUUGAUAAUGGAAGUUGCACUAAUGUUGCAUCAACUACCUUGGUGGAGAAAUUGGGCUUAACUACCAUUCCACAUCCCAGACCGUAUAGUUUGCGAUGGCUGAAUGAGAAUGGGGAGAUUCGGGUGACAAAGCAAGUUCUUGUGCCCUUUUCCAUUAAAACCUAUCAUGACGAGGUUUUGUGUGACGUUGCGCCGAUGUCAGCUAGCCAUUUGUUACUGGGUCGUCCAUGGCAGUUUGAUAAGGAUGAAUUGCUAGAAGAAUUUAAAGAUGUGUUUCCAGAUGAAUUACCUAAAGGGUUACCGCCUAUUCGUGGAAUUGAGCAUCAAAUUGAUUUGGUGCCGGGAGCUUCACUUCCUAAUAGACCAGCAUACAGAUGUAAUCCAGCGGAAGCAAAAGAGAUUCAAAGGCAGGUUGGUGAGCUUGUAGAGAAGGGCUAUGUUCGAGAAUCACUUAGUCCAUGUUCCGUACCUACUUUGCUUGUACCAAAGAAAGAUGGUACCAUGAGGAUUGUCGUGUUUCUUGGAUAUAUUAUCUCUAGCAAGGGAGUUAAGGUUGAUGAGGAGAAAAUUGAGGCAAUUCGGGACUGGCCAAAACCUGCUAGUAUCGCUGAUGUGAGGAGUUUUCAUGGUUUAGCUUCUUUCUACAGGCGAUUUGUGAAAGAUUUCAGCUCUAUUGUUGCUCCUAUGACAGAAUGCUUGAAAAAAGGAAACGAGUUUAGAUGGAGUGCAGAUGCUCAGAAAGCUUUUGAGCUAAUUAAAGAAAAGUUGUGUACUGCUCCAGUUUUAGCACUUCCAGACUUUGCUAAAACAUUUGAAAUAGAGUGUGAUGCUUCCGGAGUAGGAAUUGGGGCUGUUUUGAUGCAAGAAAAGAGGCCGAUUGCAUUCUUCAGUGAAAAGUUAAAUGGAGCACGUUUGAACUACUCUAUUUAUGACAAGGAGUUCUAUGCUUUAAUUCGAGCUCUGGAGGUAUGGCAGCACUACUUGUUGCCAAAAGAAUUCGUUAUUCAUACUGAUCAUGAAUCCUUGAAGUAUCUUAAGGGGCAAAGCAAGCUGAAUCGAAGACAUGCUAAAUGGGUGGAGUUUAUGGAGUCAUUUCCUUAUGUCAUAAAGUACAAGAAAGGGCAAGUUAAUGUGGUUGCUGAUGCUCUUUCUAGGAGGCAUGAAGGUUACUUGUUCAAAAUGGGCAGAAUGUGUAUUCCUUCAGGUUCAUUACGGGAGUUGCUUGUGCGAGAGGCUCAUGGUGGUGGUCUUAGUGGUCAUUUUGGGGAGAAGAAGACUUAUGAGUUGCUGAAAGAACAUUUCUUUUGGCCUAGCAUGUUACGGGAUGUGCACAAGGUGAUUGAGAGAUGUGCUAUUUGCAAGAAAGCUAAGGGUAAAGAGAAUGCAUAUGGGCUGUAUAUGCCGUUGCCUAUUCCAGAGCAACCGUGGAUGGAUGUUAGCAUGGACUUUGUACUGGGGUUAUCGAGAACACAGCGUGGAAAGGAUUCAAUAAUGGUUGUGGUUGAUCGAUUCUCCAAAAUGUCCCAUUUCAUUCCUUGCAACAAAACUGACGAUGCUGUACAUGUAGCUGAUUUGUUCUUUCAAGAGAUUGUUCGUUUGCAUGGAAUUCCUAAAAGCAUUGUCUCUGAUCGUGAUACAAAGUUCUUAAGCUACUUUUGGAAGACUCUUUGGAGGAAGCUAGGAACGAAGUUACUUUUCAGUACGGCAUGUCAUCCACAAACUGAUGGACAAACUGAGGUAGUAAACCGAACUUUAUCUUCUUUGUUACGAGCUGUUAUACAUAAGAAUUUGAAGAGUUGGGAUACUUGUUUGCCUAUUGUGGAGUUUGCAUAUAAUCGUAGUGUGCAUGGGGCUACAAAAUUUUCACCAUUUGAGGUCGUGUAUGGCUUUAAUCCUUGUGUUCCUAUUGAUCUUGUUCCUGGUGAUCUUGUUUGGAUUCAUCUUAGUAAGGGCAGAUUUCCAAGCAAACGCAAGUCCAAGUUGAUGCCAAGAGCUGAUGGUCCAUUUCGGAUUAUAGAGAAGGUGAAUGAUAAUGCGUAUAAGGUA